GAAUUUUGAAGAAAUGUGUUUGGAUUUACACCGAUUCUCAAGGGUCAAUAAAUAAGUCACCUUGCAUUUUGAAUGAACAGGCUACGGAGGGUGGGCCUCAGAUUUUUUUUAUUGGAACACCAAUAAAUUUUUGGCUGACAAAAAUUUUAUUGAUGGAUUUAUUGAGGUUGUUUUCUCGAACGAGAAUUUUGAGGUUUGAUAGGAAACGAUCGAUUUUAAUCGACAUUGAUGAUAUCUUUGUGGCUCCAGAGGGAUUGAAAAUGAACAAAAAUGAUGUACAGGCACUCGUUCAGACUCAGGAGAAACUGCGUAGUUUUGUUCCUGGACUAACGUUUAAUCUUGGUUUCUGUGGGGCAUAUUACAAGAGAGGCACCCCAGCGGAGGUAGAGGGGAGUCAUGAGCUUGUCCGCCGGUCCAACAACUUUCAAUUUGCAGUCUGUACAAUGUCAAGCAGAGACUACAUAGAAGUCAUACAUACUAGUAGCUGUUCAGUGUACUGUUUCUCCCCUUCUCAGAAUACCUCCAUUGCUGUGGGGCAUGGUUACUCAGUGUCUCCCCACCACUCGGGCGUGUACCCGGUCUACCCACCUCUGUACGAGACCUGGGGGCGGAUAUGGAAUAUUACUAUGACAACCACGGAGGAAUACCCGAAUAUCUAUCCUGAGCAUUUGAGGAGAGGUUUCAUACAUCGUGGAAUCAUGGUGCUCCCCAGACAGACGUGCAGGUUGUUCACUCACACAAUAUCCUACGAAACAUUCCCCGGAGGUAAAGAAGCGUUUCAUGAAGCUGGCAAUGGUGGGACCGUCUUCAACACCCUCCUCUUUAAUCCAAUCUCCAUUUUUAUGACACACGUCACCAAUUAUGCCACAGACCGACUCACUUUGCAACUAUUCUCGGACCUUUUCCAAUUUACUCGCACCUGGACCAAUCUGGAGCUAACAACUGAUCGACCUUUAAACCUCGGGAAACGCUACUUUGAGAUCUUCCCAGAAGAUAAAGUACCAAUUUGGGGGUCUCCGUGUGGUCACAAGAGACACAUUGACAUUUAUCCCCCUUCAAAAAACUGUUCUCGGCUACCUUCACUGCUAAUUCUUGGACCACAGAAAUCAGGUACUACGGCUCUGUACACAUUCCUGAAGGAGCACCCCCUGAUAUCAGCUAACAAGAACAACAAAGAUCACUACGAGGAAGUCCAGUUCUUCAGCAAUGAGACACUCUACAACUAUGGAAUCGAGUGGUACAUGGAACAGUUUCCUGUCCCCCGCAACAACCAGGUCAUAUUCGAGAAGAGUGCUACAUACUUCACCCACCCUCUGGCUCCCAAAAGAGUGAAAGCCCUCCUCCCUAACAUCAAACUGGUGGUGAUUCUGCUGGACCCGGUCAAUAGAGCUUACUCCUGGUAUCAGCACAUGCAGGCACACAACAGCCCUGUUGCUCUUAAGUACACAUUCUCUGAAGUAAUAGGAAGCAACAGUGCUUCUAAUAUCACUGAUCGAGGAUUGCUGUCACUACGGCAACAUUGUUUGUCGCCGGGCCAGUACCAGAGGCACUUGAACUUGUGGUUGGAUCACUUUCUACCUGAGCAAUUGUUGCUGAUUGACGGGGAAACACUUGCGAUCAAACCAUCCAUUGUCAUGGAAACAGUUCAGGAGUUCCUAAACCUAGAAAUGCUUGACUACAAUGAGAUAUUAAAGUGGAACUCCGGUAAAGGUUUCUACUGCGUCAACAAUCACUGUCUUGGUCCAAGUAAAGGCAGAAAGUAUCCAGAUAUCGCCGUCGGUGACUUGAAGUUUUUGGAACAGUACUAUAGAGUUGAUAAUGUAAAACUUGCACAGUUGCUACGUAGACAUGUAAAAACCCCUAUACCUGACUGGCUAACCACUCAAUUGAGUGCCAUUAGGUCUUAGCUCAAAGAGUAUUAUAACUUUUGUAAAACGACCAACCACCCUCUCAAAAUUUUAAUCAUUUCCGGUAA